AUGUCCGCUUCACAGAACGGAGGUCUUGUCCACCAACAACUCAUCCCUGCAGACAGCAUCACUGCCUCUUACGACAACGAGGCCGGGCUCCUGAUUCUCAAGGCAUCUGGCACCCAUGUUGACCUCACCAGAGACAUCACAUUCCGCCGUCUUCCUUUCGCCGGCGGCCUUCUUUUCGAGCUGAUCGGCUGGGUGGGCCCAAUCAUUCGCGGGGACUCACCCUACGAGAUUACAGACAGUUUCAACAUCGAGCUUCCCAGCAUUGUUUUCCCCUCCAACACUGUUGUUGUCAACACUGAGAACAAGCAGCAUUGGGUUGUUUCCAUUCAGUACAACAACACAAAUGGACAGGCUGCUACUAAUGGCAAGGCUGAGAAGGUUGAGCUGCCUGAGAUUAAGCAGGUCUCCGAGGACAAGAAGAUUAAUGUUCUUGCCGAUGAGCCCUUUACCAUCCAGCAGAGUGACUCUUUCACGGGAAAAGGUGGCUCAGUCAGCAUUGACUUCGACAAGAGCUUUGUCACUUUGAAUGAUGCUCGUAUUGAGGAUGGCAAGAUCGUAUGGACUCUCACUGCUCAACAGACUGGAACUACCGAAAUCUUUGUCUAUGUGGGCCAGACCCAGCCUCCAUUCUUGUACCGUAUCCCCUACACCGUGGAGAGUCAUGUUCUCCUCGAUGAUAAAUCUGUCCCAGCACAGACCACAGCCUCUUUCAGCGUGAGCAACCAAGGCAGUGUCGGAACACACGGCGCUGCGUCCAACGGACACAAGAACGGCAAUGGCAACCAGAAAGUUGGCCUUCCUCUGUCCUGGGAUGGGUUCAUCAACGUUGGUCUCAACCUUAUCAAAAAGCAGUAUCCCAAUGCCAACCUUCUCGAAGUCGACGCAACUCCCUUGACUCGCAAGCCUGUCCAGAACGAGUGGGGUCUUGUCAACAACCGUAUUGUCUGUGGUCUCAGCGGCAACAAGACUGCUAUCAUCGAGUCCACUGGCUGGGGCGAGUUUGGAAAGGUCCAGACCAUCAACUCUCCCUUCUUGGGAGACCAGGUUAUCUCCUGGCCCGUCGCUCUCGAUAUUCAUGAUGCGUUCACUAUCCUCCGAAAGGCAGGAUACAAGCAGGCCAUUUAUGCGGUUACUCUGCGCCAGCCUCUCUAUCCUGGAGAUGAUCAGCCUUUCUACAUCUUCAACACUGGUCCUGAGUUUAUUGCCGUAGGAACCAAGGACAAGAAGAUCCACAACUUUGGUGCCUCCGAGUACAAUGUUCAAAAAGCUUAG